AUUUACAAGCUUUACAACACCUUCACUUGCUAAGUUUUGGCCAAAAAAUUGAAUUUUUUAGAACAACUAUGGAGGGCAAGGAGGAAAAAUCAGCUCCAUCAAGUAAUGAGGAUCAUGGUAUCAACUACAAAGGAGUUAAAGCCAUGCCAUUUAUAGUAGGAAAUGAAGCCUUUGAGAAGCUAGGGACUACUGGUACUCUAGCAAACCUAUUGGUCUAUCUCACAACUGUUUUCAAUAUGAAGAACAUAACAGCUACUUUGCUUGUUAAUUUCUUCAAUGGCACCUCAAAUGUGGCUCCAUUAGCAGGUGCCUUCCUUUCAGACACUUACUUCGGACGUUACAACACUUUGGCCUUUGCUUCCAUCUGUUCUCUUUUGGGAAUGACUGCACUAACUCUCACAGCAGCAAUCUACAAAUUACACCCUCCAAAAUGUGAGGUGAAGGAGAGUGCCAAAUGUGUUGGGCCUACGGCUUGGCAGUUUGCCUUUCUACUAAGUGGGUUUGGAUUUCUAGUCCUUGGAGCUGGAGGUAUCAGACCUUGCAACCUAGCCUUUGGAGCAGAUCAGUUCAAUCCGGCUACUAAAUCUGGCAAGCAGGGCAUUAAUAGCUUCUUCAAUUGGUACUAUUUCACCUUCACAUUUGCUAUGAUGAUAUCCGCAACCUUCAUUGUCUAUAUCCAAUCAAAUAUAAGCUGGGGUAUAGGUUUGGCCAUUCCUGCUUUUUUAAUGUUCAUGUCCUGUGCACUUUUCUUCGUGGGUUCAAAACUUUAUGUCAAAGUGAAACCUCAAGGCAGCCCUAUAACUAGUGUGGUACAAGUGCUAGUCGCUGCUGCCAAGAAGCGAAAGUUAAAUCUGCCUGACAACCCUGCACUUUCCCUUUUCAACUAUAUUCCAACCAAUUCUAUCAAUUCGAGGCUUGUCUACACAGAUCAAUUCAGGUGGCUUUCCAAAUCUGCAAUUUUAACUAGUGAAGACCAACUAAAUUCAGAUGGAUCAGCUGCCAAUCCAUGGAAACUCUGCAGUAUCCAACAAGUAGAAGAAGCAAAAUGUGUACUGAGAGUGAUCCCAAUAUGGUCAUCAGCCAUAAUUUACUUUGUUGCCAUAAUUCAGCAACAAACUUAUGUUGUUCUGCAAGCACUUCAAUCAGAUAGAAGACUCGGAAAUACUGGCUUUCAGGUGCCUGCUGCUUCAUUCAUAGUCUUUUCAAUGGUAAGCCUGACCAUUUGGAUUCCUAUCUACGACCGAAUUCUGAUUCCCUCUUUUCGAAAGCUCACCCAUAUAGAAAGUGGAAUAACAAGUCUCCAGAGAAUGGGAAUUGGAAUUGUUCUCUCAGUUCUUACCAUGCUGGUUUCUGCUGUGGUGGAAGAGCGAAGGCGGCAUUUGGCACUUACCAGGUUAACACUAGGCAUUGCACCUAAAGGAGGAGCAAUAUCAUCUAUGUCUGCUUUAUGGCUAGUUCCUCAACUAACAAUUGCAGGAAUAACUGAGGCCUUCAAUUCGAUUGGCCAGAUAGAGUUCUACUACAAGCAGUUCCCUGAAAAUAUGAGAAGUGUAGCUGGUUCUUUCUUGUUUCUUGGGCUUGCAGGUUCUAGUUAUGUGAGUAGUUUUCUUAUUUCAGUAGUGCAUCAUAUCACAGCAACAUCUCAAGGUGGGGAUUGGCUGUCUGAGGAUCUUAACAAGGGGAAAUUGGAUUUGUUUUAUUACUUGAUUGCUGCUUUAGGAGUUCUCAACUUUGGCUAUUUCCUAGUGUUUGCCAAGUGGUAUAGAUAUAAAGGUUGCAAUGACAGCAGCUCUGAGUUGAGCAUAGAAGUAAAGCAGCAGUCUCAGAAGCACCUUGUUUAAGAUCAUAGAACAGCAUACAUAAAUAAGGAAGCUAAGCUAUAAUUAUCAAUGAA